UGCCACAAUCCAUAUAUAAACUAGAAUUAUUUUACCAAGCCUAUAGAACUUCUAUUAAUUAGAAAUGUCUGCUGAAAGCGCCAUGUUAGAGAAUAAAAGCACCAAGGACGUGGAAGAUCAAAAUAAUAAUAAUGAUUCCGAUUUAUUCAUACCAAAUGGAGAAGAAAAGAUGUCAGAAAGAAAGAACUCUAUUUCAUCGGAUGGUGACACAAUUACUAGUAAUGAAUCGACACUGUCUUUCAGCUUCGCGUCUUUCUUGCUUAUCAUCAUUAUUAACGCUGCAAAUUUUGUUAAUGGACUUUACAUGGCUGUACCGGGACCAACCCUACUGUUUUUGGCUGAAAGUGUAUCAAGCGACGUGGGACAAGUUUCGACCAUUUUGGCCGGGAGGUCCGCUGGAAACUUACUUGGUGCUUUCGCUGCAUCGUUAAUUUCGAAAAACAGUGGCAGAUACUUUAAUGCUACAAUGAAACUGGGUCUAUCGUUCAUUGUUGCUGGAGCGCUGACAUUGUCCAUUCCCUUUGUGAGCGAAUUAUGGAUAUUAAUCGCUGUUUUGAGUGUAGGAGGAUUUCUCUUUGGAUUCAGCAAUACAGGAUUUUUAGCGAUUCAAUUGGACAUCUGGGGUGAAAAGAAGUCCAGACCUCUCAUGCAACUUUAUCAGGGGAUUUUCAGCAUGGGAGCAAUGAUGGCGCCGUUGAUAGCAAGCCCUUUUUUGGGAAUGGCUGCUGAGGGUUCCUAUAAAAAGCCAAACACUCCAUCGUGUUCCAAGGACAAUGCCACUGACGCUUUAUCAAAUUUGACGAUCAAUGGUCAAAACGGAACUGUAUACGAAUCACAGACAGUCAUUGAUAUCAAUCCAGUCACAUGGAUCUACAUCAUCAUUGGAGCUCUAUCAUUAUUAAUUGCAAUUAUUAUGAUUAUCUUAUCUCUUGGUGGCAUCGAAGACGGGGCAAGAGUUGGUGAAAAAGUUUCGUCUGAAUCAAGGCCAGAGGAACCUUUAUCAAGAGUUGCAGUUGUCUUGUUGUGCGUCAUUUGUUUUUACGCGUUCCAGGUCGGAUCAGUCAACGUAUUUGCCAGUUACAUAUAUUCGGUAUCAUACUGCUCAAAACUUCAAUUUUCUGUAUCAACAGCGUCAUCUCUCAAUUCUUUGUACUGGGGCCUUUUUAUUGUUGGAAGAUUAAUAGCGUUUGUUGCAGCGUCGAAACUACGACCAUCUACGUUAAUUACUGGGUGUAUUUUUACUUUAUUGACAUCAACGGCUAUCAUGUCUGCCCUAGGAGAAGAGCAUGAGUUUGUUGCUUGGGCAACUACUGGAAUGUGGGCACUUGCAAUAUCUCCACUGUUUGGAUCAGGAGUGUCCUGGGUUUCACAAAUAACAAAUGUAUCUGGAAGAUAUGCUGUCAUAUUUGAAAUCGGAGCAGCUAUCGGAGCUGUAGGAGCGUUUCCAAUUGCUGGAAUACUGUUUGAUAUUAACCCAUACAGCGUGAUUUACUUCGUAAGCGGAUUGAUAGGUCUCCUUGGUAUUUCGUAUAUUGGCAUGCUGAUAACUGGACGACAGCAUCUCCAAAGAAGAAGUGCACGAGAGGCAGCUUAUUCAGAAGCUAUGUUGGAAAAACACGAUUAAAAAUGUCGAAAACAAAAAAAUUGUUCAUUAUAUUAAUAUUGCUAUAAAAAAAUGCUGGAAAGUGUUGAAAUGAGAGAUUCAAAAAAGAGUUUAACAUCUUUGUUCACUAUAGUUUAUGUUUGAGUUUAAACCUAUUUUCUACCUCAUAUAUUACUAGUGAAAUUUGAUCAAUUUUGAAAUCGAUAAUACGGGCCUCCCAGUGGAUGGUUACAAUGGCUACCGAUUAAAAUUCAAACUAUUCACUAUAAUGAUGAGAAUAUUGUGACAAUUUACGAUCUUUUUUGCUCACCAGGUGUUUUUAUUUAAAUUCAUGAUGAACAUACGUAUUUUAUAUAUUUUUUAAAUUUGUGAAAUUCUUGAAUAUCGGUUUUUAAAAUCACUUAUUACAUACCAAUAUUAUCGAUAUCAGUAAAUAGGUACAUCUGUUUUGCAAAUUAAAUGCCUAAAGUAUUUUUCCAAGAUGUAUUUUAAUUUUAACAGUUUUUGAAUGUAUAUUUUUAUUAUUUUCAAAAUGAGAUACUGGUAAUAUUUAUUGCAAUAAAAGGUUGUAUCGUA